UUUUAGUUUUAAGGAACAUAAGGCUUCCUCCCACAACCCCAGCGGAGAGCCGGAGCGGUAGCUGCUAUCUUAUUCUGCGGGUAUCAACACAGCAGGACUCCUGUCAGAGUUCCAGUUUGCUGCUACCUGCCUGUGCCCGCGUUGGAAUCGCCUGGGUGCUUGGUUGUUUCCUCAGCCUGCAACAAUGCCAGCCGCACUUGCAGAUACGAGUCAAAUUAUCUGCGAGGUCUGGGCCAGCAAUGUGGAGGAGGAGAUGAGGAAAAUAAGACAGAUCAUUCAAAAUUACAACUACAUCGCCAUGGACACAGAGUUCCCUGGAGUGGUGGUCCGACCCAUUGGAGAAUUCCGUAGCACUGUUGACUACCAGUAUCAGCUCCUGCGGUGCAACGUGGAUCUACUGAAAAUCAUUCAGCUGGGUCUAACGUUCAUGAACGAGGACGGUGACUAUCCACCGGGAACAACGACCUGGCAGUUCAACUUUAAAUUCAAUUUAACAGAGGACAUGUACUCUCAGGACUCAAUAGACCUUCUGCAGAACUCUGGUCUACAGUUUAAGAAGCACGAGGAGGAAGGAAUCGAUACACUAUACUUCGCUGAGCUCCUGAUGACCUCAGGCUUAGUGCUAUGUGAAAAUGUCAAAUGGCUCUCCUUUCAUAGUGGUUAUGAUUUUGGCUACCUGGUGAAGCUCCUAACAGAUGCUCGCCUACCGGAAGAGGAGCAUGAGUUCUUCCAGAUACUGAAUCUCUUUUUUCCUGCCAUCUAUGAUGUCAAAUAUCUUAUGAAGAGUUGCAAAAACUUAAAGGGGGGACUUCAGGAGGUGGCAGACCAGCUGGAGUUAAAAAGGAUCGGGAGGCAGCAUCAGGCUGGAUCUGAUUCACUGCUGACGGGAAUGGCCUUCUUCAGGAUGAAAGAGCUGUUCUUUGAAGACAACAUAGAUGACGCCAAGUAUUGUGGGCGGCUCUAUGGCCUGGGGUCCGGCUCCUCCCAGAGUCAGAAUGGCAUCUCCAGCUCCUCACAGGAGGAAACCAACAACAAGCACUGACCACCGAAGUGACAACCAAGUGGACAGCACACUUGUUUUUAUCCCAUCCAGCAGACAUCGUUCUUUUGUUCCUCGCAUUCCAGCGGCUCUGUUCUAAAGGGACGUUGGAGCAAACUGUCAGUUCUUUGAAAUCCAGUUUUGCUCUUUCAAGCCAAUCCUGUUUCAAAAAUUCCAGUAUUCGAAAUAUCCGCCGUAGUGGUGAUUCCCAAGCAGUCAUUGCUCCAGAACAUUUUAUCUUUUGUUUUACAGCAUUAAAACAACAGAAAAUAUUUUUAAAGCACGGGACCAGCACUUGUAUCUAACUGCUACCAAGAUUCAAAGCAUUUUAAUAUGCUCACCAGCAGUUUGGCAGAAUCCUGUUUUGGAAUUUUUGUUCCAUAUUUUCUAAGAAAAAAAGUUUGACGAUAUCCAAUGUCAUAAAGGUAAGGGAAAAAUGUUGAAUGUUGGAAACACAUGCUUGUAGGGAUUGUAAUAUUUUAAAUUAUGCUGGAAAGUGUGUGUAUUAAAAUGUAAACUUUCAAAGAA